UGUCUUGGUCUAUAUCACUCGAUACGUUUCUCUCGUUGCAAUCAAAACACAACAGAGAGAGAGACACCGUUGUAACCCCAAAUCUCAUCAAUUCGACAAAGAAAAAUAAGAAGAAAUGUACGGAAAAACCAUAUGCAUCAUCGUCUUCUUCGUCUCCCUCAUCGCUUCCUACUCAAUCUACAUGGGCACAAUCGACCCUACACCAUACUUCUCACAGCUUCAGUCACACCCCUCCUCCUCUCCCUGCACCACCACCACAGGCCCACCUCUCCGUGUCUUCAUGUACGAUCUCCCCCGCAAAUUCAAUCUCGCCAUGAUGGAUCCUCACAUCUCAGACGCUGACCCCAUCACCGCCAAGAACCUCCCUUCCUGGCACCAGACCUCCGGUGUCAAGCGGCAGCACAGCGUCGAGUACUGGCUCAUGGCCUCGCUUCUCUACCACGAAGAGAAAGAGAAAGAGGCGGUUAGGGUUUUUGAUCCUGAAUUGGCUGAUGCCUUCUACGUCCCCUUCUUCUCUUCCUUGAGCUUCAACACUCACGGCAAGAACAUGACCGAUCCUGAUACCGAACUUGACCGGCUAUUACAGGUUGAGUUAAUGGAGUAUCUCCAGAAUUCAAAGUAUUGGCAACGUUCAGGAGGUAGAGACCAUGUGAUUCCCAUGACGCAUCCUAACGCUUUCAGAUUCUUGAGGCAACGAGUGAACGCGUCGAUCCUCGUUCUCGUUGAUUUUGGGCGUUACCCAAAAGAGAUGGCGAAUCUCGAUAAAGACGUGGUUUCACCCUACGUACAUGUUGUUGAGUCCUUCACAGAUGAUGAUGCUCUGGAUCCCUAUGAGGCUCGCAGUACGCUUGUUUACUUCCGUGGGAAUACAGCGAGGAAAGCUGAAGGUAAGAUCCGUGUACGCUUGGAGAAGUUACUAGCUGGUAACUCUGAUGUUCACUAUGAGAAAAGUACCGCAACACCACAAAACAUCCAAGUGUCUACGGAAGGGAUGAGAUCAUCAAAAUUCUGUCUGCAUCCAGCUGGAGACACUCCAUCUUCAUGCCGACUAUUCGAUGCCAUCGUCAGUCACUGCGUUCCUGUAAUCAUAAGCGACAAAAUCGAGCUGCCUUUCGAAGACGAGAUAGACUACUCGGAGUUCUCAGUCUUUUUCUCUGCGGACGAGGCGCUCGAGCCAGGCUUCAUCCUCGACAGCCUCCGCCAGUUUCCCAAGGAGAAAUGGCUGAAAAUGUGGGAGCAUCUCAAGAAUGUAUCUCAUCAUUUCGAGUUCCAGUUCCCUCCCAAGAGAGAAGACGCGGUUAACAUGUUGUGGAGACAGGUGAAACAUAAGAUCCCUGAUGUCAAGCUCGCUGUACAUAGAAACCGAAGGUUGAAAGUCCCUGAUUGGUGGCUCUGAAGAAUGUCAAUUUCUUCGCAAGUUUUUUUUUUUUUGCAUUGUUUCUACCCUCCAAAACUGUAAAUAGUUUAUUCUUUUGUUACCUUUGAGUUUCAUGAUUUAUUUAUAGGCUGAUACGUACUUUUAUCUUUUAAGGUUUGAGAUGAUCGAGUUCCUAUU